GCGGGGACGGAGUCGCUCUUCCGGUUGGCGUUUGACUGGCGGGGCCUUGCGCAGCCGCUGCGUCCCCGCCUGCCCGGGGCUUGCGGCCGCAGCCAUGGAGGAGGCCGUGACCGAGCGGCGGCGGCGGAAGCGGCGGCGGCAGCAGGAGCAACAAGCGGCGGCGGAGAAGCGGAGCCCCCGGCGCCCCCGCUCCGCCCGGGGCAGCCAGUCCCCCCCCGCCGAGCAGGGCCCGGCCCGCCCGGGCCGCAGCAGGUCACCAGCAAAAAGAAAGAACAAGUCCUCUGCUAAAAGAAGCAAGUCUCCUCGAAGUAAAAGAAGUAGAAGCCCUCAUCAUAUUGUAGUCAAAGUAAAGCAGGAGCGAGAUGAUCAUUCCCGGAGAGGACAUGAGGAACGACAGCACAGAGGUCAGUCAGAGCAAGAACACAGACGAGAUAGAAAUGGUGACAGAGACAGACACAGAGAUCGUUCAAAGAGAAGGAAAAAUCCCAAUGAAAGGCCAGGAGGUCGAGGGUAUGAAAGAGAGAGGGAUACCCAAAAUCUCCGUGAGCAGCAAGACGAGAGGGAAUUUUAUAAUGAGAGAAGACGUGAGCAUCGCCAGAAGAAUGAAGCAAGCAGUGGUGAUGAGACUCUGGACCUUGGGAAACCUGAUGGUGAAAAUAAAGACAAAGAUCCAACAAAUAAAGAGAAACCAAGUUUUGAACUGUCUGGUGCACUCCUGGAGGAUUCAAACACCUUCCGAGGUGUUGUGAUUAAAUAUAGCGAGCCCCCGGAAGCUCGGAUUCCAAAGAAGCGAUGGCGUCUCUAUCCUUUUAAGAAUGAUGAGGUUCUCCCAGUCAUGUACAUUCACAGACAGAGUGCUUACCUGUUGGGCAGGCACCGAAGAAUCGCAGAUAUUCCUAUUGACCACCCCUCUUGCUCCAAACAGCAUGCUGUGUUUCAGUAUCGGCUUGUGGAGUACACCCGUGCCGAUGGUACAGUUGGCCGCAGAGUCAAGCCUUACAUCAUUGACCUUGGCUCUGGCAAUGGUACUUUCCUAAAUAACCAACGGAUUGAACCUCAACGUUACUAUGAAUUGAAAGAAAAGGACGUGCUGAAGUUUGGGUUCAGCAGCAGGGAAUAUGUCCUUCUCCAUGAAUCUUCAGAUACAUCUGAGGUGGACAGGAAACCAGAUGAGGAGGAGGAAGAAGAGGAGGAGGAGGAGGAAGAGUCAGACAGUUAACAGAUCAGAAAGAGACUUCAAAGAUCUUCUUUCAGUAGAACUUGAGUCUGGAUGUGAACGUUGAAGCAUCACAGCACUGAUGCCUCUUAUUGCCUUAAAGUCUUUCCUCUGUUGCUGAUCAGCUCUCACUGUAGUUAAUUUUGGGAAACUCCUGACUUACUCAUCUCUUUUGUAGGUUUGAAACUUAUCAGGAAAUACAGCUUUUGCUUUAAGAAGAUUCUCCCUAAUAUAAAGAAAAUAAAAUAGAAGGCACCUGAAAGUGAGAGUUCCAGGGAUGGAGCUCUUCAUCACAUGUAAAAAUAAAUAUGUAAGGUUGUACUUAAAGGAUAUGGAACAAAAUAGGCAUUUUUAAAAAGAACAUGGUUUUGCAAACUGUUUUGUCGACAAUCCUUUGAAAUUGCCCCUUUAUUCUUAACUAGAAUCUUAGUUAAAUCGAACAUGAUCUGAUGUUUUGUAGUGUCCAGUUAUUUGAUCUGAUUUGCUGAAUUGUACACACAGCAAACCACUCGCUAGCAGAGGAAUUGACCAGGUUUGUGUCACUGAAAAGGAAGAUACGUUGCAAAUCUUCUCUUUGUAUUCAUAUGAUUUAGGUAGCCAGUUUGCAUUGAAAUGGUUUUUCAGGGAAGGACGUUUCACCAGAAUACCUUGUAAUUUAUAAGCAGUGUAGCUUUGAAAAGAAAGAAAAUGCUUCAUGGGACCUUAAGUUAUGAUAGUGUGGCUUGCUGUCGAAGGCUGUAUGCACUCAGUAUGUUGCAAAUGUUUGCUGACAUUGCCUCUGGAUACUGAUUUUUAUCCAUAUUUGAAGCUAGUUUUUUUGUUACUUUGACACCACUCUGACCCAUGAAUCAUUUCACAUAAUUUCUGCGUUUAAUUGUUGCCAUCAAAAAGAAAAAUAGCCAUUGUUUGUUUUAACCAUAAUUUGCACUAUUUUUUUUAAAUUUUACGUUAUGGAAAAUAUUGUACUGUCAUGUCUGAAAUACUUUUUCAUCUGCCUGUAACAGAAAACAGUCAAUACUUCAUAAUUGUGAAGUUUUGUUUCAGAAAAACAUUUUCAAAGCAUGGAACUAUUUAGAUUUGCAUAAAUUCAGACAUCUUCCUGAGUUUUACCUUGUGAUAUAAGAAAUGUAACUUACUUCACUUUGAUUACUAAUUUUCCCUCCUGUUUGUGAUGUAUGGGCACAUACUGUCUUCAUGUGUUAUGUAUAUACUUCUUGUGUGUAUAUACAUAAGUUGUAUAUUUAUACACACAACAAAAGUUUGUGUAAAUAUGGGGUGUCCAUGCGGGUUUUCAAACAGUAGGCAUAAGAAGAAUGUGCUUUGGAUAGCAGACUGUCCUUUAUAUGUACUCUGGGGUUUUUAAAUAAAGAAUUUGUAAAUUUAGCCCUAGCUGCCUUUAGUUGUAACAUUUUUCUAGUGUCCAGCUUGGUUUUGCUUUAUAUUUUCUGAAAUAGAUACUAUAUAUAUAUAUAUAUUCUUAAUAAAAAUGCACAAAUACAAAAAGGGUGGGGGAAAUUCUAAUAUUGAGGGUAUACAUUGUUUAGAAUGCUGUAAUACAUUCAGCAAGGAAAGGCUAGAUUGGUGAAACAUAGAUAAUUCUAGAAUUGUGUUCGUUUGGUAAUUCAUUACUUUUAUUUUUUGUUAAUACUAUAGUACUACUUUAUUUUGUCAUAAAAAGCAGGAGUACCAGUCAGAAGAUGAAAUUUCUCAUCUUUACAAAUGGCAUUAUUGUGGUUUCAUGGCUCAGUGGCAGAUCUCCGUGUGUACACUUGAAGAUUAUUUUGUGUGUCUGCUUUAAAAUGGGAGUGAUCACAUCUAAUUCAAACGAGCGCUGAUUAUACUUCUCGCAGAGCUGAGCAGUCUCUCACUUCUGCCAGCAGCACCCAAGCCAUCCUAGUUUUUGGUGUCUGUGUGCCAGCUGUGCUGUUGCAUGUUUGUUUUGUAAUCUGAAUGUACACCCAUCGGGUACUGAAGUCACCAAAGACUCCAGCUAGGUGAUUUUAUGUUCUACUCCGGCAGAUCCUAUCUGUACACUCUUAAAAAAAUAGUGUUUGUUCUGAAAGUGAGAGAGGGGUGCAUAUGGCUCAAACCAGAGCUGUGAAACCCUUGCGUGGCUGCAUGGUACCUAGCCAAGUUUAGUGUCUGUGAUUUCCAGUUGCGUUGUGUUAGUAUCUUCUGGAAUGUGGACAUAUAUACAUUAAGGGGUGCCUAGACCACCAAACAUAAUAGAUUAUAUGACUUGACAGAUUCAACCAAUACUUUGAAAGAUGGGCUAGUUUGUCCUAAAUCUUUACUUUUUUCAGAAAGUGUCACCAGCACCUUUGGAUUAUUUUAAAAAUUAAAAUGUUGGCUGCUACUAGCUCAACAGGUUUAACCUAGUUAGACAAAACAGAACAUAUAAAGCCUAAUAAAGUGCAGUACUGAUUUCUUCUUAAUAAAUAUGACACUGGCCCAUUAGAAUGGAUCUUCUUUCUUCCACAAAGAGAAGACACAGAGCUCAAAUACUCAUAGCUGUGAUGUAAAGGUGAGAUUAAAAAUAUGAGUAGAACACUUUUUCAAGUUUGUUCACUAUACACUUCCUGAUGUUGCUGAUUUGUGACUCUUUCAGCUCCAUCUAAGGAAUGGCACUGAUUUGCUUCAGGCAGAAGUCAUGUCCAGUCAUGGGUCUGGAUGUAUGAAAUGUCUACUGAAAUUCCUAAAUAGGGUACAAUGUGAUGAUUUGUAAUUACCCUUUUCAGACUUGAUUACACAGUGUACAAUAGCACAAAACUAUUAUUUUGAUUUUUGCUGUACUGCAUCAGUUGGGGUGGCUUUUUUUUUUAUGCUAGACCAAAUAGGUUUCUUGUGGUAGAAUCCAACAACUGUAGUACACCAACACUCUGUGGUGGUGUGAAAACCAAAGCAACCCUCUUUCUAAAUGCAACAUCCAAAUUUACGUGCAAGUGAUUUCUUCCCCCCCCACCUUGUUUUUUUAUUAGUGUAAAAUCUGAUGACUCCUUGUAUCAGGCCAUGAAAACACUUAGAAAUGCAUGUAUGUAAAGUUAUACUAUUAAUAUUAUGCAACUAAUGUGCUUAAGUGUUUGCAGGAUUGGGCCCAUAAAUUGUCCUAAUUGGACAAUAUAAGAAUUUUACUCAGUAUUUCUUUCCAUCGCUCUGUUCUGCUUUUCCUGGGAAAUAGCUUGCCCCAAUGUGGUCAUGAACCAGCUCAGUAACUACCAAUGCAAUGUGAUGUUUUACUGUUGGUGAUUGAAGUAUUGAUUCAAAUAUCAAAUUUUCCUUAAAUUGUUUAAAAGCUUGCAUCUUUUAAAAAUAUCUUACGGCAGUUCAAGCUAGCUGCCAUUUGCUAAGCAUCACAGAAGUUUACAUUUUGGAACUGAGUUUUACUUGUGGAAAUAUACCAGUUGUAUCUUUUUUUGAAUGGUUGUGUCUACACUUUGUUAUAAAUGGCACAGUAUUUAGCAUACAGUAUGUUAAGUUUGUAUCAAGUCAAAUGUAUAAAAUCCAUUUUAAAUUAAAAUUCUAGAAUUUCAUC